CUAACAGGCAGUGUGGCUAGGGUGGGAGGCAACAGAGGAGUCUGAGGGCAGUGGCAUCCUCUUGGGCGGCUCUUCCCGUCCUCACACCCUGCCGAGCUUUUUCUAUCAUCACAGCAUCAUGGGUAGUGCCUACCACUGGGAGGCUCGGCGUCGGCAGAUGGCUUUGGAACGGAGGAAGGCGCUGAUAGCGCAACAGCAGCAAGAGCAGGAAGUAAAAACACAGGAAGAGAAGAAACAGCGUCCCGAGAAGACAUCUCACCCACAGCAAGAUUCAAAAGGGCCUCUUCCGCCACCAGCAAAGCCACAGCCUCCGCCUGCACAGCCACAGGAGCAGACAGAACCCCAGCCACCACCUGGACCAAAGCCACCAAAGGAGCAAGACCCUCCCACACAGAGCACUGCCAAGGACACUCUCCAGAAGGACGCCCAAAGACAAGAACCCCAGCCUAGACCAGCCGGGGCCCAACAAGAUAGGCAGCAAGCCUGUAUGCGUGGACCCCCAAUCCUCCCAGGUCGUGGUCUCCCGAAUGCAUGCCAGGCUAGCUCUCCUAAAUAUUCCCGACUCACGUCGACUAAUUACAUCCAGCAGUGGUGAUCCAGAGACGGACUCCAGGACCUGACAGUACCGCAGAGCAAAAACAAAAGCAAUCAAAAAACAAUCAAAAAAACAAAAACAAAAACAAAAACAAAAAAACAAACCAACAAAAAACAAACAAACAAACAAAAAAAUUAACAACAGAAACCAGACAGCAACCCACACUUUCUUUCCACCCUGCAA